CCGUUGUGACACUACAAUUUCAUUCCAUUCAAUGGCUUUUUCUUCAUUCUUCAUCUCUAAAACCUUCAAAAAUCAUAAUCACUACUUCACUGCAAAAGCAAAAUUUUCCACUUCUUUUUUAGUCACAAAAACCCCAAAAAAACUCAAGAAAAAACACAAACCCAAAUCAAGUCCCAGAACCAACCCAAUCCAAACCGAACCAAACCGCGUAACCGCAUUCGAACAAAUCGUUAAACGCGAAACCCUAAUGCGUUUCGUCACACGAUCAAAAAACUACCUCUCUAAUCAACCGGAACACGUUCUUCAACUCGACGACGCCGGAAAACUCCACCGCGAACUCGGUUUCCCUCGCGGCCGGAAAAUUGCCAAAUCAAUCCAGCAACAUCCUCCCCUCUUCCUAACCUACCGCCACACCGACGGUAAAAUGUGGUUCGGUUUCACCGAUUUAAUGGAAGAGCUUUUAGCAGAAGAGAAAUCGAUUAUGGAAUCAAUGGAACUCGAUCGUGUCGAGAAAGUUCGUAAACUUCUCAUGAUGUCGCGGUUUCAUCGCAUUUCACUUGCGAAAAUUCAUCAUGUGAGAAAUUUAUUCGGUAUACCUGAUGAUUUUCGUGACCGGGUUGAAAAAUACCCGAAUUAUUUCCGCAUUGUUGAUGAUAAGAACAAAGAUGAUGGGAAGAAAGUGAGAGUUCUUGAAUUGGUUAAUUGGGACCCGCUUUUGGCGGUUAGCGCGAUUGAAAAGGAGUUCAUGGUGAAUGAGGAUGAUGCUAAGAGGAAAUUUACUUUUCCUGUGAAGCAUGGGAAGGAUUUGGAAUUGGGAAUUGAGGAUGAGAGGAAGAUGAAUUUGUUAAAUGCGUUACCGUUGGUUUCGCCUUAUUCGGAUGGGGCGAAGUUUGAUGUGUGGACAUUGGAAGCUGAGAAGUAUAGGGUUGGAUUGAUUCAUGAGUUUUUGAGUUUGACAUUGGAGAAGAGAGCUUCAAUUCAUCAUCUUGUUGAGUUUAAGGAGGAGUUUAGUUUGACUAAGCAUACUUAUCAUAUGUUGGUUAAGCAGCCGAGGGCGUUUUAUUUGGCGGGGACUGAGAUGAAUUGGGUUGUGUUUUUGAAAGAGGGGUAUGAUCGGAAUGGGGUUUUGAUUCAUAAGGAUCCUCAGGUGGUGUUUAAUGAGAAGGUUUAUAAGUAUGCUCAGAUAAAGGAAAAUGAGGAAAUGGAACUUGGUUAUGAUGUUGGAUUGGAAAAGCAAGAUAAUUAAAUUGGAAUCACUUAAAAAAGGGUUUCAAGAUUAAGAAAAGAAAGAUCGAUUGUAGCUUUUCAAGUUAAGGAUGCUCCUCUCCCAAACAGGAAUGAAGUGCCUUUAUAGUGACUGCCUUUGCAGAUCCUCUUUGGUUCAAUGGAGGAAUGGGAAUGGAGAAAUUUAAGUUUAGUGUCCUGAGAAUUGCAUAGAUGGCAAAGAUUUUAGUAAUGCCAUGGUUUUGGCUAAGAAGGCCCAAUUAUGCAGGCACCCAGAUUUGUUUACAGUGUGUUCGCACCACUUGGGUUCAUACAUUGUUGAUCAAUUUUUCAUGGCUGGAAAAAAAGGAGCUCAGCUUGAACUACUAAUUUUUGAGAAGUGUAUUUCACCGAAUAUGCUGAUCAGAGUAUUUAUUGCAUUAAUAGGAAGAGCAUAUGAACCUUCAUUUGGAGUUUGAGUCCGAGUUAUGAUAAACAAUAGGAUAUGUUUAUAGUAGCCUAGUAGGGUAGAUCAUUGGCGGUGGCUGACCAAAAGUUCCCAGCUGUCUUGUUCAGAUUCAGGUCUCCAGUGACCUUCAAUUUUAUUUUGUUUUUGACAAGAGCUGUGACCUUCAAUCAGUUACCACAUAU